GUUGUCAUCUCUUCCGCGGCCGAGGGCGGCGGCAGUAAAGCGAGGGCGCCUCCGCUGGCAGAAGCUGGCGGAAGCUCGGCGGAAGGCGGCGGAAGCAAAAGAAAGCUUCGGCGGCUCAAGGGCGCUGCUCGCACAGGCGGGCGUAGGGUCGCAAGUCCCCACCAGGCCACUUCCUUUUCUUCCCUGGCCAUGGCGUUGCCUGCUGCUUCCUGCUGACGGAGCGGGCCAGGGACAUCGGCACUAGUGCCUGCGAGGUGAGCGCUGCACGGUAGCCCAGCCGUGCUGGACCGCAUCAGCCAGAACGAGUAGAUUGUUGGAGCCUGGCUUUGUGGGGAAUUAGAGGGCCCUUCGACGGGCAUUGAGGCUAAUGGCCGUGACUGGGGCAUGCUGGUAUCGUGGACAGCACUUUGCUCGCGCUUCGGCGGCUGGUCUGGCUGCAGCUCACGUUCGGAACGAACCCUGUGCUACACAGCUCUGUUUCUCGUGCGGCAUGUGCCUCGUGGACACGGGCAACGGCUUGCUGAUGCUGGCGACGUACAAUUGGGCAAAGGUGCGGCCCAGCGAGAAGAUCUUUUACAAUUUCCUGGUGACCUCGAUGUCGGCUACCAUCGCCCUCUGCAUCGGCACCCUCGAGCUUCUGCAGGUCAUCUGCCGCGCAGUCGGCCUCCACGGUCCGUUCUGGGAAUCCGUGUCCAGCAUCGACAUGGCCGCCAUCGGCUACGGCAUCAUCGUCGCUUUCCUUGUGAUCUUCGCGGCAGCAGUCUGCUUCUCGUGUACGCGCCGGGAGGAGCGACUCGCGACGGCACGGGCCCGUGAGCGGGCACGACAGCCGCGGUUUUUGAGGGGUGGGUCCAAGCUCACGGUGCAGGGGCUCGCCUCCUCGCACGUGGGUGGAGCCCUGCGACAUCCUGUGCAUCGUUCCAAGGCGCACUGGUGUUUAUUGUAGGCCAGGAUUUCCCGGCCGCGCCCUGAAAUCAGGGCGAUGGCCUGGCGUCCUGACACGUUGCCCCUGAACAGCAAAUCUUGUUCGUAGUAGGCGGGUGAUUGGCGCAACGUACGGCGGAACAUGUUUCGAAUGCUGUUCAGGGUCUCUCGGAGGAGUGAAUUCUUGUGCAGAAUUAGUGACGACGCAGCUUCUCUGUGGCAGUCAGGCCAGGAAGUUGGUCGCGAGGUGAGAUCCCAUACCGUCCGCGCUGGGCCUACAGACCAAGGACCUAUCCGGACGCUGUGCGCGACGUGCGUGCGAAGCCAUGUGCGUUGUGGUUCCCCCCGCUCGGGCGCCCGCGGGCAAAACGUCGUGCUGCUUCCCUCUCCUGCUCCUCGUCC